AUGUUCAAUUCAUCAUCAAUUGAUCUUGGAUCAAAAUCAUGGGGUGAAAUAACAGAGGAGGACGAAGAGGUUGCUCUUGCCGAUCAAUUGGAAGAGCGUUUCAAGAAUAUCACUGUUUCUCCACAAGCUACUGCUGCAGUACCAACAACUCCUCCGCCUUCAACUAGUAGUAGUUCAACAAACGAACAACAACAAGAUGAAUACUCUAGAUAUCUAAAUGAAUACAAUAGUACAAAGAUAAAUAAUAUAUUUGGUGGUGGUAGUAAUAACAACAAAAGUAAUAAUAAUAAUAACAAUGUUGAAAAUAGAAUACAAUCACCUAUUAAUAAAAGAGGAGGUGGUGGCGGACAACAAAGAUAUGAAGAUCUAGAUAGACCUCAACAUUCUCCAACUUUUAACAAUAACAAUAAUAGUAAUGAUGAUUAUAAUAAUUCAGAUGGUAGGUCUCCAUCGAGUAGACAACAUCAUAAUAAACAUAGAGAUAACAAUAAUAACAAUAGAAAUAGUAGAGAUAGAAGAUUCAAUUCACCAAAUAGAAAUGAAUCAUUCUCACCAAACCAGAGAGGUAGAGAUAAUAGAGACUAUAGAGAUAACAGAGAUAAUAGAGAUAAUAGAGAUACUAGAGAUAGAGAAUAUAAAGAUCAACAUAAUAAUAGAGAUAGUAGAGAAAGAGAUAGAGAUGGCAGAGAUUAUAGUAGUAGGGAUAAUAGAGAUUUCGAUCAACAUAAUCAACCGGCGGUAUCAUCUCCUAAAUAUCAAGGUGAUCUAAGAGAUUUGAUCAACAGAGAAGCUGAAAGAGAAAGUCAAUCUCCAAAACAUGGUAGACAACAACAACAACAACAAUAUAGAUAUAAUUCACCAAAUCAAAGAGGAGGGGGAAGGAAUCAACAUGUUGAUAAUCAAGAGGAUUAUGAUGAUUCUACUCCUGGAUUCAAGGGUAAUCUUAGAGAACUAAUAAAUGAAGAUAAUAAUAAUAAUAGUAAUAAUAGUGGUAGCAGGCAUCAAUCACCAUAUAGAAACUCACCAAAUAAUAGAGGUGCACCACAUAAUCAAAGACAUAGAUAUGAUAGAGACAGUGAUAGUAUUAGUAAUGAUUAUGAUGAGAAUGAUUAUAUUGAUGAUGGUGAUGUUGACAAUCGAUCAGGAAAUAAUCCAACAUUCAAAGGUAAUCUUAGAGAUUUGAUCAAUGAGGAUCAUAAUAGUAGUCUAUCAAAGCAAUCACCUCAAAGAAGAUCUGUAUCAUCUCCAAGUAAUAAUAGUAAUAGUAGAAGAAAUAAUGACAAUAAAGAUGGUUCUGAGCCAUUGUUCAAAGGAAAUCUAAGAGAUCUAAUUAAUGAGGACAAUAAUAGUAGAAAUCAACAUUCACCAAUACAAUCGCCUCAAAGAAGAUCUGUAUCAUCUCCAAAUCAUAGACAAUCACCAGCAAGACAGUCACCAGGAAGACAAUCACCGGCAAGACAGUCACCAACAAGACAAUCACCAACAAGACAGUCACCAGCAAAACAAUCACCCAGUCAAUCCGCAAGAAAAGUAGUUAGUCUUGGUAGUGGUACUAGAAUCAUUAUCAAUGCAAGAGAUCAGGAUGAAGAAGAAGAGGAAGAAGAAGAACAAGAGGAGGAGGAAUAUGAUGAAGAAGGAGAGGAGUAUGAUGAUGAAGAUGAAGAGUAUGAUGAAGAAGAGGAAUAUGAUGAAGAGGAGUACGAUGAAGAAGAGGAAUAUGACGAGGAGGAAGAAGAGGGUGAAGGAGAAGAAGAAGAGGAAGAAGUAAAAGUAGAGGAACAGAAGAAAGUAGUUGGAAUGUUUAAAGAUAGUGGAUCGAAAAUAAAAGAGAGGGAGAGAUAUUUACAGCAAGAGAAACUAAAGGAUAGAUUGAAGAAAGAGAAAGAAGAAAGUGUACUUCACUCACCUGUUACCAGAGUUGUAAAGCUCGAUAAUUCUAGAGAUCUAUCAACUCCACCACCUCUGAGACACAGACCGAUUCAAGAGCUCAGUCCAUAUACUUCACCAAUCACUUCAUCACCACAUUCAAAUAGACCAAACUAUCAACAUCAACAUCAGCAACAUAACACACCACAAAGAUUAAUAUUUGAUCACCUAUCGAAUAACAACUCACCUAAGAACAGACAACAUCAACAACAUCAACAACAUCAACAACCGUCACCUUCACCUUCGCCAUCAAAGAAAGAAAAUAAUAAUAACAAUAACAAUACUCCCAAUAAUGAUAAUGAACCAAUUGUUGGUACCUGUAAAGAAUACGAAAAGAAAUAUUUAAGAUUAACAACUAGAGCAGAUCCAUCGAAAGUUAGACCACAAUCAAUUCUUGAGACUUGGUUACCAAUGUUAAUAAGAAAAUACAAGACAACUAAAAACUAUGACUAUACUUUAGAUCAAUUGAAAUCGAUUCGUCAAGAUCUAGUUGUACAACAUAUUAGAAAUCAAUUCUGUUUAGAAGUAUAUGAAAGUAAUGCUAUUAUCUCUCUUGAAAAUAAUGAUUUCCAAGAGUUUGGUCAAUGUAUUACUCAAAUCAAAGAACUAUAUUCACAGCAACAACCUAGUUUAACAAUGGCUUGUGCGGUGGCCAAUGGAAACUACUACCAAUUUCACCGAUUGUAUUGCAACUCUUACAAUCAUCAAAAAUACUUCCUUGAGAAACUACUCACAGCCAGAGUCAGAGAUUAUGCACUUGCAGCAAUGGUCAAAACGUACAAACCAUCAAUACACUUUAACUUUUUAGAGAAACAACUCUCUUUCGACAACAGAGAGAAUUUGAUUGCCUAUCUCGAAACAAAGGAAUAUAAACUUGAAAACGAUCAUUUAUUACCUUUCAAGAAAUAA